GUAAGAAGCUGGACUCUUUCUCUGCGAGAUCCACUUGGCAAAGGCACUGACAAGAUUACAGUGUAUAUGAGAUGACGAUCUUUGUGCUGUGGCUUGGCCUGGGAGUGGUUCUUGUAGCGCCUUCAGAAAGCACGAUGAAGGGCAUCAGAGAAAACUUUUCACAGGAGGAGACUCAACCUGCUGCAAAACAGACUGUUGGGGACUCAGUGACCUCAACCCUGUCAGAUAAAAAUAUCAGCAUAUCCAAGAACGGGAUGUCUGCCUCACAGCCAACAUCCAGAAGGUUAUAUUUCCUCAUCCCCAAGGGAAACACUUUGAGUAAUGACCAAGACUGUCUAAACGGCCCAAGAGUCUGGAGAGAGGUUUUAGACACGAAUGAGUCAUGCCAGUUGGGGAAUAACUGUAGGCACGGUUCCCCGGAUGGGAUACAUGGAGCUCCCAAGGCCACCCGCUGGAAAUGUAGCUGUGAGAGCCUAGGACUGGAACAUACCAUAUGCAAGAUCUCUGCAGGCCAGCAGUGCCCCAGGUGCCAGGAGCACAGUGUCACCUCAUUAAAGAGAAUCUUGACAGUACUGACAAGCCAUUCCCUGAUGAGCUGGCUAGUCAGCGGCUCUAAACUGUAAAUCGCAGGGCU